AUGCCAAACACAUUAACAUCAUCAUAUCUUGAGAAAUCAGUAUGGAAACCAGAUUUAUUUAAAGGAAAAGUAGUUUUCGUAACAGGAGGAGCAGGAACUAUAUGUAGAGUUCAAACAGAAGCUUUAGUAUUAUUAGGAGCUAAUGCAGUAAUACUAGGAAGAAAUGUUGAAAAAACUGAACAAGCAGCAAAAGAAAUUGAACAAUUAAGACCCGGAGCAAAAGUAUUGGGAUUAGGAAAUAUUGAUGUUAGAAAAAUUGAAACAUUAGUAGAAGCAGUUAAAACCACAUUAAAGGAAUUAGGUAGAAUUGAUUAUGUUAUUGCUGGAGCAGCUGGUAAUUUCUUAGCUGAUUUUAAUCAUUUAUCUGCUAAUGCUUUCAAAACAGUUGUUGACAUUGAUUUAUUAGGUUCUUUUAAUACAGUAAAAGCUACUUUUGAUCAAUUACAAAAAAAUCAAGGUUCAGUUAUAUUUGUUAGUGCUACUUUACAUUACACAGGUUUACCAUUUCAAUCACAUGUAAGUGCCGCAAAAGCAGGUGUUGAUGCAAUGAUGAAUGCAAUGGCUAUUGAAUUGGGUCCUUUAGGAAUAAGAUUGAAUUGUAUUGCUCCAGGUUUAAUUGGUAACACAGAAGGUGGAGCAAGAUUGAAUCCUCCAACUAAAGUUCCAUUACAUGAAAGAGUACCAAUAGGUAGAAUUGGUACAACUGAAGAUAUUGCUGAUUCAACUGUAUAUUUGUUUUCUUCCGCAGCUUCUUAUGUUACUGGUACUAUUAGUGUUGUAGACGGUGGAUUAUGGCAAGUUGGAGGAAUGUUGGGUGAGUUGUACCCAGAUGUUGUUAAAAUGCAAUUAGAAGAUCCGGAAGUAAAAUUAUAA